AAGUUAGGUUUCGAUUUAAACCACAAAAUAGACUUCAUUCGUAGCCAGAUCCACAGUUUCCUCCUCCAACAAUCCCAGGCCCCUAAUUUCCUCGUCCACCAGAAUCAGCAUAAGGACCAUUUUGCCCUUCAACACACCCCUAAUUUCCACUCCUCUCCUUCCGCUCAACCAAAUUUCGCGAUCCAUCGCCCGGAGAAUUACUCGUACCGCACGCCUCCGUCUCAGCCUCCGCCUACGAUGGCGAAGACGAGUAAUGCGACCACUGCUAGCGUCGCUACCAGUGAAAAUCCCAGAGAGAGUUGUAGUGGUUUUUUUUUUUGGUUGGAUAUGUCGAAAUGGAAACUUCACCAGGAAUGUGCAGAGUUGUGGUAUUGUUUCUAACUUGCAUAUGAAUAUCUUGGAGUUCAAUGCAUAUGAAUGUCUUGAAGCAGUGGAUGAAGAAAGAAGAAAAUGAUUGGUUGAACAUGAAAAUGAGGGACAGCUUUCAUAUCCAAGUUCUUUGAUAGCUUGUAUGUGUGAUUAUCCAUUGAAUGAACAUUUUUUCAUCAAACUCUCGGGAUGUUGAAGGCUUAUUUGCAGACUGCCUUGCCCUACAUCCAUUAAAGGGAAGUGCUCCAACUGGAAGAAAAAGAAGAGGAGGCCCUGGAGGACUAAACAAACUAUGUGGUGUUUCUCCUGAACUACAAACCAUUGUAGGGCAGCCAAAUCUAGCAAGGACUGAGAUCGUGAAGCAGUUGUGGGCUUACAUAAGGAAAAACAACCUUCAAGAUCCAAAUAACAAAAGAAAGAUUAUUUGCAAUGAGGAACUUCGAUUGGUUUUCGAGACUGAUUGUACUGACAUGUUCAAGAUGAAUAAAUUGCUAGCUAAACAUAUAAUCCCUCUCGAGCCUACAAAGCAGACCGUUCAAAAUUUGAAGAAACCUAAGGUCGAUGUUGAAUCCAGGAGUCAAAAUGAUGACCCUGUUCCAAUUGUGAUAAUAUCUGAAGCACUUGCGAAUUUCUUUGGUAGUGACGAACGGGAGAUGUCACAAGCAGAGGCAUUAAGGCAAAUCUGGGAAUACAUAAAGGUCCACCAGCUCGAGGAACCUUUAAACUCGAUGACCAUUAUAUGUGAUGCUAAAUUGCAAGAGCUUCUUGGAUGUGAAAGCAUUUCAGCACUGGGGAUGCCUGAGAUGUUGGCGCGUCGUCAUUUGUUCAAGAAAUCAUGACAGCCGAUCACAUUGACUGAUACACGCUGUUAAUGCUAACCUAUUGUGUUCUGACAUAAUCUCAAAUACUUCCGAGAUGGCUCCCCUAUUUUAGGUGUUUUCGUUUUAUGAAUAGUGGUAGAGGUUACGAGUAGGUGAGUUAAGGAUAUAAUGUAAUCUUGGCUACUUAUAAGUUUUGUGUGUGGCCGGCUAUAGGUCUAGAGUGUUCUCUUUCCCUCGUUAGUCGUUUCCCUUCCGUGCUGAACAUUUCUUUGUCGGAGUUUCCAACACUUGGUAAAUAUGCCUGACAGUAGAAGCAGAUGUAUAGAUGAUUUAAGCUCUUCUCCUAGUUAUGUAAAAUAAUAUAUCUGCAGAUCACGUCUGCAAAUGUGCUCUUUCUACCCUGAGUACUUCUGAUGUAUAAAAAUUUAUCGAAUUUGGUUUUCGGCUUCA